AUGGGUAGUUUGGGAGAUGAGGAAGUGAGGUGGGAGGAGAGGAGAGUGCACUUGGAGGGUGAGAAAUUGAUAGUGCCUGUGAUUUUAGGAGGGAAAUCAAGGGGGAGGGGGAGUUGGGGUUAUGGGUCAUGGGGCCUAGGUUGGAGGGUAGUUGUUAGAUGGGUUUGGGUGGAGAGUGGUUGUGGGAUGGGUUUGGGGGGUGAAGCUUGA